GAGAACGGGAGCGCAUGACAAGACGAAAGAGACUACAGACUGUUGCGAAGCGAUUUCAUCCUCUCGAUCAUGCUGCUAUGGUUGUCCUUGGCCAGGUGAAUAUGCCUUCGGCAUGCUGCAGCGAGAAACAGGUACACACAGGUUGGUGCGGAUCUGGAACGGCAAGCGGCAAACGACCUUUGCAGGUGUCGAGGUGGUGCCACUGCUGCCCGACGACGCCGUUACAUCCCUGGAGCUGGACCCCAAAGACCUGCAGUGGGACUUCUUCCGGUCCGGUGGAAAGGGAGGCCAGAACGUGAACAAGGUGGAAACAGGAGUCCGAGUUACUCAUACACCGACUGGCGUUGUCAUGAAGUGUACAGAGGAACGCAGCCAGCUGUUGAACAAGGGCAAGGCCUUGGUCAAGCUUAAGGCGAAAUUGCUGCUGAUCCAGGAGCAGCAAAAGGUGGAAGAGUUGCAGAGCAUCCGGG